AUGGGUGUCACGGACAACAUGACCUGCCUGGUAAAAGGGCCAAAGGAAGCUUACCUGGUCCUGGCAGAAAAGGGUCGUUUGAUGGUGCAGGAGUCGUCGCUGAAGUUCUUCGGCCAGUGCUUUCUCGCUGGCUGCUACAUUGGCUUCGGUGCGCAGCUGGCUGUCGCGAUCUCUGCCGCAAUGCCUGGAAUCACGGACGAGAAUCCCGGGCUGAAGAAGUUGAUUUUCGCCUACUUGUUCCCAGUGAACUUGGUGCUGAUAACCCUCACCGGUGGAGUCCUGUACACGGGCACCGCAGUUGCCACGCCUGCUGCUUUCUUUGAGAAAAAGGCCUCCCUCCUGGACGUCUUGCGUUGCUUGGCCUUGUCCUGGGUGGGUAAUCUGCUGGGAUCACUCUUCUUCGCGGGCUUCAUCUUGUGGUGCGACCUGCUUGACGAGAACACCCAACACAGCUUCCUGUCCAUUGCGGAGGGUAAGACGAGCAAAAGGUUCGAUGUGACCUUUGCGAAAGGCAUCGGCUGCAACUGGAUGGUCAGCAUGGCAGUCCUGCUGUCUGGGCAGGCUCAAGAUAUGUGUGGGAAGGUGGUAGCAAUCUACCUGCCCAUCUCAACCUUUGUCAUGUUGGGAUUCGAGCACACUCCAGCAAACUUCUAUCUACUUGGGAUGUCAGUCGAGGUUGGAGACAUAUCCUUCUGGGAGAUCCUGCUGAAGAACUUGCUCCCCGUGACCCUGGGCAACCUCGUCGCCGGUGCCAUGGUUGUGGCUGGCAGCUACUCCUUCUUCUUUGGCAACUUGGGAAGUCACGUUGGAAGUGAAGCCAAGGAGCCACUGCGCAGGUUCCAGGCGCAGCGAUCCAUGGGCAUUGAACCCGCAGAGGCCUUCAGGAGCCAGUCUUCUCAAGAUCCUGAAGAUCCGCCUCAGGAUGACCAGGUGGAUGACAAUUCCAAGCGCCAAGCCUCACGGCAGACUGCUGCUUCCACUUCUGCACCCAGCGCCAGUUCCCGCGUUUCGUUCGAUUCCCUGAGCCAGGCUGAGCGGGCACAGUGGCUGGCAGCACCAUCGGGCAGGGUCAACAGGAUCUGUCCUGCAUGA